AUGUCACGGUCCAAGGAGGGUUAUCUUUGGACUCCUGAGGGCACAACUGAAGGACUACCAACAGCAGCCGUGCUGCCGGGUUCUCGUCACAUCAAGCAAUCUUAUGACGUCGUCGUCAUUGGCGGAGGCUUUGCGGGCCUCGUCGCAGCCCGUGAUCUGGCGAAGCAACCAGGAGUAAACGUGUUGCUAGUCGAGGGGCGCGACAGGAUAGGCGGGCGAACCUGGACCGCAUCCGUCCUCGGCGAGGAGUUUGAGAUGGGCGGCACCUGGGUGCACUGGUGCCAACCGCACGUCUACAACGAACUCCAUCGGUACGGACUUCAUCGCAACCUUAAGGCUUCCGCCGGGGCUUGUUCCGACGCGAAGGCAUUCUUCAAGCCUCGAAAAGGCACGGUCAAGCAGUUGACGUCUGAGAUGAACUGGGCCGCUGCCGAGAGGGUGGCUGCCCUCUUCUUCGGUGUUGACGGCAACACGAGCCAAAGCCUGAUGCCGUUCCCACACGAGCCCUUUCGGGAGCCCGCGCCUUGGAAGCAAUACGAUGGUUUGACCGUGCAGGACCGGCUCGACCAGCUCGACAUCACGGACCUGGAGAAGGACUAUUUCAGUUCACUGGUGAACUUGUUCGGGUGCAACUAUGCAGCUGAUACCUCCUUCACGGAGGUCCUCCGGUGGUACGCUCUAGGGGGACAUUCGAUGGCGGGAGCGUACGACCUCAGCGGUCUCUUCAAGCUUGGCAACGGGGGCAUGACGUCUUUUGCCAAAGCAAUCCGGGGAGAGUUCACGGGGGAUCUCUUGUUUGGGCAAGUCGUCACCGCGAUCGAGCAGACAAGCUCGGCCGUGCGAAUCACCACCGCAGAGGGCCGAGUAUUUAGCGCCGGCUUCGUCGUCUCGACGAUUCCUCUCAACUGUCUGAGCCGAGUCGCGUUUGACCCUCCCCUGAGCCCUCUGCGGCGCGAGGCCGUCGACUACGGCCACCAGAACAAGGGAGCCAAGGUCCACUUCCGGCUCGCCAAGAUGGAGCCCGGCUGGUUCGCCACAACCGCGCCCGACGGAUCGACCCCGUACCUGCUGGCGUUUUCCGACCACAACGGCACGAAGAGCACGGGGCCAGACGGGACCUCCUGCCUGGCCGCGCUCCGGAGCGGAGUCUACCCCAACCUCCAGGACCACGCGAGGGUGGUGGAUGAAUUCAAGCGCGCGGUGAAGCCGGGUGCGGAGAUCACGGCGUACCUCAGCCACGACUGGUCGAACGACCCGAUGGCUGGUGGCCAGUGGAGCUGUUGGAAGGGGGAUGCGAUGAGCAGGUACCUGCGAGAGCUUCAGAGGCCGCAUGGGAGGGUAUUCUUUGCGAGUUCAGACAGCGCGGAUGGUUGCAGGGGCUUUAUUGACGGUGCUAUUGAGCAGGGAAAGAAUGCUGCGCGCCAGGUUGCCGAGUGUCUCGGUGAUGGUCGUCGACAACUCCAUGCGAACCUGUAA